UGGUUUGCAUCAUGUGUAGUUAUCACUUCUGAAAUGUGCGCAGUGGCAGGACCGGUUUUACAGGUUCCUUUUGUGUCAUCUUAUGGAUGAAGUUCAAAGAGCAUUCAGCGCAUGAACCGGUUGAUUUAAGAAAACAAGGAAAACCUCGGUGAAUAAAGCUCAACAAUCUGUUUCUGUCAGUGCGGCUGGACUCGCUCCAAAGGAGGAAGGAGAAGGUAGGGUUGCCCUGUGUUGUAACAAACUGAACGUCUCUGUGGCAAGUUCCACUUUUGGUCGCGACUACUUUUUUCCCUUUUGUGUGAAGCUAUGUGACCACCAUGCUCAGUUUAGAGAGAGGGAUUUAUCACUGUGAGAGAAGAAACCCUGGCUUUGUAGCAACAUGGCAAACAGAGAGCGAAACAAAAAGAUCUUACUGGAGCUCGUGAAGCUGCCGGACAACAGCCUGUGUGCAGACUGCGGCGCAUCAGAUCCAGACUGGGCGCCCUACAAGCUGGGUGUGUUUGUGUGUCUGAACUGCUCUGGCGUCCACCGCAGCCUGUCCAGCCACGUGAAAUCCAUCAGGCUGGACUUCUGGGAUGAUGAGCUGGUGGAGUUCAUGAAAUCCAAGGGCAAUGCCAGCGCCCAGGCCCUGUAUGAGAAAGCUGUUCCACCGUACUACUAUCGGCCCAAGGAGAAGGACUCUGUGGUCCUGAGAGAGCAGUGGAUCCUGGCCAAAUACGAGAGAUUGGAAUUCAAAGGGGAAAUGAAGUAUCCACCAAUUCCAUACACAACAGGUUUCUAUGAAGGGUGGCUGUGGAAGAAAGGAAAAGAGAACACACAGUUUUUGAAGAGGAAGUUCGUGCUGUCAGAGAGUCAAUUCACACUGACUUACUACAACAAGGAAAAUGAGUCCAAAGGCCCCAAAGCUGUGAUCUCCAUCAAGGACCUGAACGCCACUUUUCAGCCGGAGAAGAUUGGUCAUCCUCACGGGCUGCAGCUCACCUACCAAGACGCCGAUCACACCAGGAACCUCUAUGUCUACCACGAGAGACCUGAGGAAAUAGUCACAUGGUACAACGCCAUUCGCGCUGCUCGCUAUGCAUAUCUGAAAACAGCAUAUCCGACUGGGAGCGAUGAAGAACUGAUACCAAAGAUAACAAGAAACUACCUCAAAGAGGGAUACAUGGAAAAGACGGGGCCACUACAGAAGGAGCUGUUCAAAAAGAGGUGGUUUAUUUUGGACUCUCAAAACAGGAAAUUGUUCUACUUCAAAGGCCCGCUGGACGCAGAGGAGUUGGGGGUCAUUUUCGUCGGCACCGAGAGCAACGGUUACUCUGUGAGGGCGUGCAUCCCGAAGAAUGCUCGGGGAAACAAGUGGCAGUGUGGCAUGAUGCUGGAGACCCCCGAGCGAAAGUUUGUCUUCAUGUGCGAGCAGGAGAGGGAGCAGAGAGAGUGGCUGGAUGCUCUCAGACAGGUCCUGUCCAGGCCCAUGGCGCCGCAGGACUAUGCCAUUGAAGCCAACCUCCAAUAUAAACAAUGAUCUGAAGAGACCCGUGUCCACAGGACGACAGCGAGACGACUGCAGGGACUGAGCCACUGCAGCACGGACUCUCAUCUCUGUCUUAGAGUAAAACAUCAUGAACCAUGGCCGACUGUGCCACAGUCUGGAUUAACCUCCAUUUACUCACUUCAACUGACACUGGACCAGAUGGUAAUGGACUGACGGACUUCAGAAAGCACUGUAUCGAUAUGUAAAAUCCACUCAAGACCAAAUAUACACUCCUAUCUUUGAAAGAAUGUCAGGGCCAAGCAUGUGGGAGAAAAUGCUCUUCCUCAACUGUCACUAGAUUAUAGUAACAGAAUAUAUGUUACCAUCCCUGCAUGAUAUUAUGCUAUUUCAUAUGAUUAUUCUUGUUUUGUUUUUAUACUUCAAAUUUCCUGAGGAAUAAAGCAUAUAUUGUUGAUGGUGAA